CAACCGUGUGUCUUUUUUGCACGGCUGUUGCGCGACUGCGCUGAAAAUCGAAUUCCCUGCGAAGAAAGAAACUGUCUGGUUUGGUCGUGCACCAAAUUAGUUCUUGUUCGUGAGGCCGAUUUGAGCAUGUUUAAGAGGUGUGAGAGCUUGUUAUUUGUUAGCAAAACAGUUAAGCUUCGUUGUUCUAUUGAAAGUGAGCCAGACUUUGCACGGUGGUGAAGGUUAGGUGCAUUAUUUCGCUUGUGAUACACAUCCUGAAGGUGAAAGUGGUAUUAGACAGCAUUGCUGUGUAUAGUAGCGAUACAUCCGAAUUUCAGGUCAACUUUAGUGGCGAAUUGUUCAAUUUCUUAUGUGCAAAUCGGUUCCGCUGUUCGCUAUCCGGAAAAGCCUUCAAUCGGAUUUAACAACACAGUACAAGUAAAUCGCUUCCAAAUACAGCCGUUUUCGACUAGCUGGCAGCCGAGACCAGGGCGAUCGCAUCUCUAUGGCAGAUUAGUGAGACAUCGGCUUUCCUAGGCAGUGCCUUCUCAUCGGGAAUGCUAACAACAAUCAUCUGCUCCCGCCGCAUGCUGUAUUAGCUCAAGUGCAAUUGAUACGCAUCAUUCGAAACCGGAAGAGCGGGCAACUUUAAAGGCAGCAACCGCAAUGACUUCACCAAAAACAAUCACCGGCUCGCAGCAACCAACAUCGAUGGGAACCGGAAACGCUUCUGAGUCGACGGUUGCGAUCGGAAUCGAUUUUGGCACCAGUUACUCCAGCGUGGGUAUCUACCGAAAUGGCAAGUUCGAAAUCAUCGCCAACGAGUGUGGCAAUCAUCGCAUUCCGUCGGUGGUCGCGUUCACCGACAAGGGUCGUCUAGUGGGAGAGGAAGCUCUUGCGCAGGCCGAUAUUGACCCGGCCAACUGUGUGAUCGAAGUGAAGCGGAUUCUGGGUCGCCACAAAAAGGAAGGUGCCCUGCAGGUGCAGUUUAAGGGCGAAACAAAGUGUUACCAUCCUGAGGAAAUAUGUGGCAUUAUACUGGCUCAUUUGCGAUCGAUGGCCGAAAGGCAGCUCGGUGGUGCUGUCACCUGUGCCGUCAUCGCUGUACCGGCGCAGUUCUCCGACGGGCAACGGCAAGCCGUGCUGGAUGCGGCCACAAUCGCCGGGUUGACCGUGCUUCGACUAAUCAACGAACCUACCGCCGCGGCCAUUUCCAUCGGCAUAAACAAAAAGCUUAUCGGCGAACAGUACGUGCUGGUGUGCUCAUUUGGCGGUGGAUUCCUGGACGUUUCAAUCGUGACCAUCUACAACGGGGUGUUUCAGGUUAAGGCCAGCUCCGGAGACACCAGACUCGGUGGAGUGGACAUUGACAAUCGGUUAGUGGACUACUUCGUGAAAGAACUGCAGGACAAGCAAUCGCUAGACAUCACAAGCGAUGGCGUGGCUAUGCGGAAGCUUCGGAAGGCUUGUGAACAGGCAAAACGCACACUGUCCUACACUAGCCAGGUGACGGUGGAAAUCGAUGAUCUUCUCGAGGGUUACAAACUAUGCACGACGCUAACGAAGGACAUCGUAGACGAGCUGUGCAAGGAUUUGUUCGAGCGCGUUAUUCUGCACGUGGAAACCGCAUUGCGGCGUGCCCGGAAGGACCGUUUCGCGGUUCACGAAAUUAUGCUGGUGGGCGAAUCCUCGCGCAUCCCCCGAGUGCAGAUCAUGCUGAGCGAAUUCUUCGAUCGUCGAUCGCUUAGCAGUUCGGUCAAUUCGGACGAAGCAAUAGUUGUCGGGACGGCCAUUGCCGCUGGCAUACUCAGUGGGGAUAAAUCGUGUGCGAUUCAGGAUCUUUUGUGGUGGGAUUUGGUGCCGCGGUCGAUCGGAAUGAUCGGUGAAGAGAUCGAGGGUACGAAUGGAGCAGCAACAGCAGAAUCACCCCGUAUACUGAUCAGCCGUAAUUCGACACUUCCACUAAAAGUACGCCACCGGGUGAGAAACUUUCGCGCGACUCAUCGGCUGUACGAGGGGGAAAGUGCCAUUGUGAGUGAUAACAUUACGCUGGGCCGGUUGCAGCUCGAGGGAAGCUUCGGCGAAGGACUGGAAGACGUUGGUCUAUCGUUCAAUGUGGAUCUUAACGGUGUGCUGCACGUCAUGGUGGAAGGAAACAUUGACCUGAAGGCCACACUGGACAAGGGACGGCUCGAGCGGUACGAGAUUGAUCGUAUCGUGUAUGAACACAAACGCUUAAUACUCGAAAUGGAGCACGGCCGGGAGGAAGAGGAGCAACGCAAACGACAGGAAAUGUCUGCGAGUGUGAUUGAUAGGCAGGAAGAAGUGGGAGCGGAUGGACUGGCGGUCGGAACUUGGGACCGGUUUAGCGAAUGGCUGCACUGUAUCUGUGUCGUGACGUUCGAUCUCGAACUGGGGCAGGCGAUGGAACUUAUCUAUCCGAAGCACGUCACGUUGACCGAGCAGGAAAAGAUGAACAUUUGCUAUUUGGCCUUCCCAGAUUCGAACUCUGGCUGCAUGGGUGACUCCCAGUUUCACAUCCGUUUGCGCGUGUCUUCGGGCUCGGAAAAUUCAACACUCCCCAAAGGCCUGCAGGAGUUCAAUUGCCAUUGUAUGCCAGUUCACCGUGCCGAUCCGGGCCAUUUCUGGGGCUUCGUCUACUUCCGCCAGAUCAAGGAUGCCACGCUCAAGCGCGGUUACUUCCAGAAGAGUUUAGUUCUGUUAACACGCCUGCCUUUCGUCAAUUUGUUCUACGAACUGUGCAGCGUUAUUGCACCGUCCUACUUCAGCACAGGGGAACCAACGCUAGAAUCGGUCUGUGACAGUGUCUGCAAGUGGCCGUCCCUACUCACCGACGAACCUUUACAGUUACACCUGCUUGGCAGUGUAUACGAGGUUGCCAUACCAAAGCAAAACGGUAAAUUCAGCACACUUAUAUCGCCGGUCGACAGUCUCUAUCCGGCCAACAAAUCCGGCGUCAAUGGGCGUCACAAUCAAACCCGCACCAUAUCAUCCGUGCACGAAAUCGACAUCUUCCGCAGUUUGCAACUGUUUCUGCCUCACAUUCAUCUGCUCUGGGAACUGGUGCUGACUGGAGAGCCGAUCAUCGUGACCGGUACCUCGCCGACCGAUUGCGCACACAUGGUGCAGUCCCUCACUAGCCUUAUCAGUCCGCUGGCGUACUGUGCUGAAAGCCGUCCCUACUUUACCAUCCACGAUACGGAGUUCAAAGAGUUCACGCAGAACAAGAACGGCCAUCCCGCGAUUAUACUGGGCGUGACAAAUCCGUUUUUCGCAAAGACACUGCAACACUGGCCACACACGAUACGACUACAGGACAGUGCCGAAGCACAGCUCCAACGGCAGCGAACACCGACACCGUCGAGCGGUGCUGCGACCACCACCCAAACCAACGCGGCAAGCGUGUCUUCGGAUGGGUCGGCCACGCUCUCGCGACUCUCGAAAAUCAAACAGAUAACCCACAAACUGCUCGAUUCCUCGCCCGGCCUCUACACACAGUACAAGCCGUUCGUGCAAAAGGACAAAGCUUUCAUCAAGAAGAUAUUACUCGGCCUCAAGACGGACCGGCCGCUUUCCGUGCAAUCUGCCCUGCUGCGACGGCAUCUGCUAGAGCUGACGCAGUUUAUGAUUCCCUUGGAACGAUACAUGGCCUCGCUAAUGCCCCUGCAGAAGGACAUAUCGCCCUUCCGAUCAGCGCCCCAACCGAACCCAUUCAAGCAGGAGGACUUCUUAGCCACGCUGGACGACUGUGGGCCUCAGCUAACCUCCAGCUGCAAGGGCGAUUGGGAGAGUUUGUAUCGACGGUUUUUCAGCUCGCCCAACUUCAAGGGCUGGUACGAGACGCGCUACUUCGAGCUCGAGCAAACGCUGCAGGUCUUGCACAUGCAGACGCUCUCCGAGUCCAACCUGGCUGAAUGGGCAAAGGGAAAGCUCGAGGUGGAAAUUGUCGACAUGAUCCUGCGGUUGCGCCACAAGCUGACGCUGCUGCAGGGUAGUAGCAGCAGCGCCAUGGCAGCAUUGCCCGUGCAGCUUAACGUGAGGGAUACGCGCGAGCAGCUGAAACGGCACAUGGAGAACAUGAAGAAAAGUCUUCCGGAUGAUUUGAAGCAAAUUCUCGGCGACGCGUGAUCGUGCUGCCGCUCCUCCACACAUACAGUACGUAAAAAUAAAGCUAGGCAAUAUGCAUAAUCGAAUGUUGCUUUUUUAACCAUUCAAGAA